CGAAACUCGCCGAGGCCCUCAAUCAAAAAAUCUCCGAUCUCGUCGUGAAGGGGUACGCUAGAAAGCUAAAUGAAGAAGAGCUGAACCAAAAAUAUCCAAGGAUAUGGUACCUUCCAAUAUUUCCUGUUACGAACAUAAACAAACCUGGAAAGAUUCGAAUGGUCUGGGACGCAGCUGCGACCACACACGGUGUAUCUCUGAACUCUGCCUUACUCAAGGGACCCGAUCAGCUUUCUGAACUCUUCGCCAUACUGGUCCAGUUCCGUGAAGGCCGUAUCGCGUUAUCCGGAGACGUACGUGAGAUGUUCCUGCAAGUGCUUAUGCGCGCAGAGGAUCAGCAAUGCCAGCGUUUUCUAUGGUACGACCAGGAUGGAACCCUGCAUGUCUACGUUCUGCAGGUGAUGAGUUUCGGAGCAUGCUGUUCUCCUUCUAGCGCACACUACGUCAAAAAUUUGAAUGCCAAACGGUUCCAGGGCGAUUAUCCCGCGGCCGCUGAAGUGAUUAUAAAGCGCCAUUACGUCGAUGACAUGCUGGUGAGUGUAGCCACAGAAGAGGAAGCGAUCAAACUCGCCCAGCAAGUGAAACAAGUGCACGCAGAAGGCGGUUUCGAGAUCCGUAAUUGGAUAAGUAACUCCAAACGUGUCGUACAGGCCUUACAAGAAGCUGGAACGGAAGAAAAAAAUCUCGACAUGUCGUCGGAAAUAGCCACGGAAAAGGUCCUUGGAAUGUGGUGGUGCACAGAGUCGGAUACCUUCACCUACAAGGUUGGAUGGGAUCGUUACGGUCGAGCGUUGCUGGAAGGUCGACAUCGUCCAACAAAAAGGGAAAUGUUGCGCAUCCUUAUGUCCAUGUUCGACCCACUUGGGCUUAUUGCGCAGUUUCUUAUGUACCUAAAAAUCCUUCUGCAAGAAGUCUGGCGUUCUGGGAUAGACUGGGAUGAUCAAAUUGAUGAUGUUCUGUACAAAAAAUGGCAAACGUGGCUAGAAGUGUUGCCGCAAGUCGAGCGGAUAAGUAUUUCUCGAAGCUACUUUCGUCAACAAACUGCUGCAAACGGAGACGUCCAACUUCACACAUUUGUUGAUGCGAGUGCGAAUGGAAUUGCCGCUGCCUGCUACCUACGUUUCACCCAUGGCAAUAUCGUGGAAUGUAGCUUAGUGGCAGCUAAAACUAGGGUAGCACCAUUGAAAUUUCUUUCCAUCCCAAGGCUGGAACUCCAAGCAGCUUUGAUUGGCGCAAGGCUGGCCAGAUCGGUAUUCGACGCUCUCACGAUUCCUAUAUCUCGUCGGAUAUAUUGGUCUGACUCACAAGAUGUGCUGUUUUGGAUCAAAUCCGACCACCGCCGCUACUCGCAAUUUGUUGCAUUUCGAGUUAGCGAGAUCCUGGAUACGACCGAGAUGCACGAAUGGAUGUACGUUCCCACCAAGCAAAACGUAGCCGACGAUGGAACCAAAUGGCAAGGGCUGCCAGACCUGACUUCUCAGUCUCGGUGGUUCAUUGGACCCUACUUCCUGUAUUGCUCAGAAGAGGAUUGGCCCCGAUCGCCACAGAGCAGUCAUACUGCCGAGCUAGAACUCCGUCCGAGUGUAAUGUCUCAUUUUAUUGCACCGACUUCUGUGAUUUGCGUCGACGAAUACUCAUGUUGGGAUCGGAUUGUCAAGGUCGUUGCUUUGCUUCACCGCUUUCCAAGCAACUGCAAACUGAAACUUCUGAAGAAACCAACAAUAGUCGGUCCCGUUUCAAGCCAAGAACUCAAGGUUGCUGAAUCAUAUCUCUUUCGUCAAGCUCAACAAGAAACAUUUCCGGACGAAGUAGCACAUCUCAGAAGAUUUCAGGAUACCAGUGAAUCAUCUGUAACAGCAGUUCCCAAAUCGAGUCCACUUCACCAGAAAUCUCCAUGGUUAGACCACUACGGGGUAAUGAGAAUGCGUGGCCGAAUCGCUGCUUGCGACUACGCAACCGAAGACGCAAAAUAUCCAAUAAUACUUCCCCGUGACCACCAUACCACACGAUUGAUUGUUGCACACUACCACCACAAGCUCCACCAUCAGAACCACGAAACCGUGAUCAACGAAAUUCGCCAAAAAUUUAGCAUUCCGCAACUUCGUUCGACGUAUACUAAAGUGAGAAACAACUGUCAACGCUGCAAAAAUGACCGUGCCGUUCCACGUGCACCAAUAAUGGCCGACCUACCCUUAGCACGCCUGGAUGCAUUCACUCGCCCAUUCACGCAUGUUGGUGUCGACUUCUUCGGGCCAUACGAAGUCGUCGUCGGCCGUCGAAUAGAAAAGCGCUGGGGGUUACUGGCCACUUGUCUCACGAUUCGAGCAAUCCACAUCGAGGUUGUGCACUCCCUCAGCACAAACUCAUGUAUCAUGGCUCUACGCAAUUUCAUUUCACGGAGAGGUAAGCCGCAAACCUUCUACAGUGACCGCGGCACUAAUUUCGUCGGUGCGAAUCGGGUACUUGAGGAAAUAGAUAGUAUCAUUAAAGAAGAGGAGCUGAUGAAAGAGUUCGUGGACACCGAUACUAGUUGGACGUUCCUGCCGCCAGCAUCACCGCACAUGGGCGGUAGCUGGGAACGCUUAAUCGGUAGCGUAAAAAAGAACUUGAUGGCAAUUCUGCCAGCUAGGAAGCUGACGGACGAAGUUUUGCGUAACCUUCUAACAGAAAUCGAAAGUACUGUCAACUCGAGACCGUUAACACAUGUUCCUGUGGACGACGAUUCAGCCCCCGCCUUGACCCCGAACCACUUCCUGUUGAGGUCAACCAAUGGGUCCAAGCCGUUGAGUAAUGCUGAUGACAGUGGUAGUGUCCUUCGUCAGACCUGGUUGCUUUCCCAGGUCCAAGCCAACCGGUUCUGGAAACGGUGGGUUACAGAUUACCUUCCAGAGAUAACCCGCCGCACAAAAUGGUUCGUGCACACCAAACCGAUAGAGAUCAACGACAUAGUGGUGAUAGUUGACCCUAAGUCUCCACGAAACUGCUGGCCCAGGGGCAGAAUUAUCAACAUCCAUCUCGGAAAGGAUGGCCAACCGAGAUCAGCCACGGUGAGGACUACAUCCGGAAUCUAUGAGCGACCAACAACCAAGUUGGCCGUGUUAGAUAUACGGCGCGAAACUAAGUAAGCUGGCCAGAUAGCCCGCGUACCUGGGGGGAGUGUUGGCGAAUUCACACCACCGCGCCUUUACUGCCUUCUUUGAACCACCCUAAUGUCUGACGGCACCGAACUACAAUCGAGACGGUCAUCUGCACUGGGUGGUAUUGAACACAACACGGAGUGACAGUCUUCACUGUCACGCGGUGAGUCAACGAAAAACGUACCUAAAUGAUAUGUCAAUUGUCAUAUAGUGUAGAAAUGCUAAGACUCGCCAAGAUUAAGUGCAUUUAUUUUGUGCAAAUUUACUACAGAUUAUUGCUUAAACAAAGUGAAUUCCUUAUUAUUCUUACAAGAUACGUUGAAAUCCAACACCAAUAGUUCUAUAACCUAAAAGUCGCAUACACAGAAAUUACAUCUGCUACUACUGCAAAGUACGGCAGGUUAAACAGUCGACUGUUGCGACUAAGUACGGAACGUGUUUUGCACAAAACAAUCGAUGCCCAGGACACAAUACGAGUAGAUUUGACUUGACUUGACACGGAGGGAAACGAUACAGCAAAUUGGGACUAAACGUAAGUUUAUUUACAAAAGAACAUGAAACAAGUACUUAUAACUAUUAUUAUCUACACACACAUGAAUUCACACGUUAAAAUUGUAUAAUUUCUCAGGAUAAUAAUAAUUCAUCCGGAUUGUAACCAAACCAUAAGCUGCGGUUGUUUCAUUUCCGGUAUUAUUAUUGCGGAACCUCCUGAA